GGAGGGCGAGGCAGGCAGGAGGCUGGGCACGGGUCCCCGGGGGCUUCCCACCUCUCCUCCCGUAGGCAGCCCCAGGGUCCUGGCAAGUCCUGGCCACACCAUGCCCCAAGCCAGGCUCUGCAGCUGCCGGGGCGGCCGGGUGCUGCCCCUGCUGCUGGCCUACGUCUGCUACCUGCUGCUCGGCGCCACUGUCUUCCAGCUGCUGGAGAAGCAGGCGGAGGCUCAGUCCAGAGACCAAUUUCAGUUCGAGAAGCUGCGCUUCCUGGAGAACUACACCUGCCUGGACCAGCGGGCCCUGGAGCAGUUUGUGCAGGUCAUCAUGGAAGCCUGGGUGAAGGGUGUGAACCCCAAAGGCAACUCCACCAACCCCAGCAACUGGGACUUCGGCAGCAGUUUCUUCUUUGCAGGCACGGUUGUCACCACCAUAGGAUAUGGCAACCUGGCACCCAGCACGGAGGCAGGCCAGGUCUUCUGUGUCUUCUACGCCUUGGUGGGCAUCCCACUCAACGCGAUCUUCCUCAACCACUUGGGUGCAGGGCUGCACGCCCACCUGGCUACCCUCGAGAGGUGGGAGGAGCAGCCCAGGCGCUCCCAGCUGCUGCAGAUCCUAGGCCUGGCUCUGUUCCUGACCCUGGGGACACUGGUCAUUCUCAUCUGCCCACCCAUGGUCUUCAGCCACGUGGAGGGCUGGAGCUUCGGGGAAGGCUUCUACUUCGCCUUCAUCACUCUCAGCACCAUCGGUUUCGGGGACUAUGUUGUCGGCACGGACCCCAGCAAGCAUUACAUCUCCGUGUACCGGAGCCUGGCCGCCAUCUGGAUCCUCCUGGGCCUGGCAUGGCUGGCGCUGAUCCUCCCACUAGGCCCCCUGCUUCUACACAGGUGCUCCCAGCUCUGGCUUCUCAGCAGGGGACUCAGCCUCAAGGACGGAGGAGCCCCCGAGAUGGAUGGGCUCCCCAGACCUCAGAAGAUCCCCAUCUCUGCAUGAGGUCUCCAGUGGCCCCAGGAGCUCCUCCUGCUUCCCCCACCCCACCCCUGUAUGCCUUCUGGACUUCCUGUUCCAUGUCUUUCCCCACUCCCUUCCCAGCCAGGGCUGGCCUCAGGAGCUCUCCAGAGAGCAAAGGAGGUGGGAUGUCCAAGCAAGUUACUGCAAGGGGUUGGAGGACAGGAUGAAUGACAGAUGUGUGUGGAGUGAGACGUGUGUUGCUGUCCCAAAGGCCCUCGCCCAAGUGUGAAUCCAGACAUGGAUCACUCUGGCCAAAUCUCCGUGGUGCCCUCCCUGUGCCCCCCCACCCAGGAGACUUCAUACAGGUCUGCAAACAAAGGGUGACUUUAUUUUCAGCUCAUUUGAUACAAGCACAAAGUGAUGGCUCAGGCCCCCACCCCACUGUGUGGAGAGAGCCAGGCUCUGGGAGACCCAACAGUGAAAGCUCCUGCUCUCCGUGCACGUUUCGUCCACCAGAAGGACUAGACAAGCAGAGAGGUCCCAACCCGGUACCAAGAUGCUAUGAUGGGGUAGAGGGGUCUGACAAGAGCCCAUGGGGGUGACUAGCAGGGAAGGUCAAGGAGAGAGGCUGGGCAAGGACUUUGGAGCAUCUACGUGCAAACAGGAUUAUCCGCCCUCAGGAAGCCGACAGCUGCUUCUCAAAGCAGUUCCCCUUGCCCAGAGGUCUAGAGCUCUCCGUCAACAAGGCGGAGCUCCUGGGUGUCCCACCUACUUUCCUGAGUGUGGCCUCCCCUGAUUCCUCAGGACACCCCUUGACCUCAUCACCCCCUCUGAGCACCUGUCUUAAGAGCCUUUCCAAACACACCCUGGGAAGACAGGGAGCCAGCAGAUCCCAAGAGAUCCCCAGGAAACGAGCUCCAUGGAGGCCAGGCCUCCUUUGGGAAUGUGCUCUGCAGCCCUGGCCUUUCUCCUACGGGACUGUGACAUCUCUGGCCAGAAGGAGAGGAGAGAUUGAGACCAGUCCACCCAAAGCCCAACCUCAUCGAGGACUCCAGACCUCUGCCCCUACCUCUGCCAUCAAGGCAGGCCCACAAAUGGCUGGGAAGGCCCUGGACAGGACUGAGGCAAGGCCGCAAAGCAGAGGAGGCUGAGAUGGGACGCACAGGGAAGGAUCUACAGCAGCAAGAGACCUGACCUCUUGUAGACAAGAUCUACACCCCGGGACUUGCUGAUAUGGAGAAGAAGCCUGGGAAACUGAAGAUCCCCCAGGGGACUCCUUCAUGCCCUGGACCCUUCCUCCAGGAAGGGAGGUGGGGAGCCUCUUCAGAAGCAGGGAAUGGACAAGCCCACUGGUCAAGGAUCCUCUUGCCUCCCAGAUUCAGAGGCAAGUGGUGAUCAGCUGGGCUCCCUCAACUUUGUACACAGGGGGAAGGGGGGUGUUUCAAGAGCUCCAGGGAGGACCUGACAGGUGGCAAGUCCUUGGUGAUAGUCCCAAGGUCCAGGAACUUAGGCUGGGGCCCUGAGACAAUAAAGUUGGCUUUUACUUUCUCUUCCUGCGGCGUGCAGUCUCCAGGAGUCCCUCCCACUGCUUGCUGCAGUAGGACAGCUGAGGCCCCCUGGGUCUCAGGCCUGGGUCACCCCGCAGCCCGGCCUUUCUCCCCGAGCUGGGCCUGGGGGGUGCGCCCUCCACACACACUCGAGGCGGAGCCAGAUGCCCACAGCUCCGGCCUCGUUUUGUCCCUGGGAUUGGAUCCCGCUGCGGGGUGGGGCCGGGCUGUCCCGUUCCCGGGCAAGCCUCCUGUGCUGAGAAGACGGGGCGCAGGCAGGCGGUGGCCGGUGGCCGGUGGCCG